CUUUAAAAAAAAAAACUUGCUCUCUUUCACCACUCGCCCCAACCUUCCUGACGGCUUAUGCUGGCUGCUGUGCUCAGUGCAGUCACUAUAGUCACUAGUCGUCGAGCCGAGCUGGCGUAAAUCGCGAGCGAGAGCUGCUGCCGCUGUUUCCUCGGCGCUAUGGCAUCACCGCGACCUCCUCUCGAAUAACCUCCAAAAACCAAGCGACCAACCCUUCUUCGUCUCCAACACCUGCAGCAGCAGUCGGUGCGAGGAUAGGACAGUAUAAAGGUUGAAUAUAUUCGCGAAGAAUGACGGGCGACAGCAGGAAGGAGAGCCGCGAGCUCCUGACGAUCGUCUUCCUAUGUCUGCUCUGGUACGUCGUCUCCUCGUCGAGCAAUGUCGUGGCCAAGGCUCUGCUCUCCGAUUUUCCCUACCCCAUGACCGUGACUAUGGUCCAGCUGACGACGAUCACGCUACUCUCGGGGCCGCUGUUCAAUCUGUGGGGCGUCAGGAAGACCAGCAGUACGCUGAUUACGUGGAGCUACUACUUCAAGCUGAUCGUGCCGCUGGCGCUCGGCAAGUUCCUGGGUAACGUUCUCAGCCACGUCAGCAUCUGGAAGGUACCCGUGUCCUACGCGCACACUGUGAAGGCCACAAUGCCGCUAUUCACAGUGGUGCUGUCCAGGCUAAUUCUGCGUGAGCAUCAAACUGGCAAGGUGUAUCUUAGUCUGGUGCCUAUUGUUGCUGGAGUGGCUAUAGCAACUUUAACCGAGCUUAGUUUUAAUUUUACUGGUCUCUUCAGUGCUCUGGCAUCAACAAUGGCCUUCUCACUGCAGAAUAUUUAUUCCAAAAAGGUGCUACAUGAUACUGGAGUUCAUCAUUUGAGGCUACUACUAAUAUUAGGUCGAUUAGCAUUGUUCAUGUUCUUACCAAUAUGGUUGGUGUAUGAUGUACGAAGUCUGAUGAAUGAUCAGGUCACAGGUUUCACUACCGACAACAGCAGUAGGACUAUAACAUUACUGCUGAUUGAUGGCAUCCUGAAUUGGCUACAGAAUAUUGUGGCCUUCUCUGUCAUGUCUAUAGUGACACCCUUAACAUAUGCAGUGGCCAGUGCAAGCAAGAGAAUCUUCGUAAUAGCAGUAACAUUGUUUAUCUUGGGGAACCCUGUAACUGGAACAAACGUUCUCGGUAUGGUCAUGGCAAUAGGAGGUGUGCUCUGCUACAACAAGGCCAAAUAUGAUCAGCGACAGAUUGAGAAGAAGAGAAGUCUACUGCCCAAGUACAGCAUUCCUCCUCAGCAGAAUGGUCACAGUACUUUUAUGGUUAAUGGUUGGGCUAAUGAAAAGCACAGACUGUUUGCUGCCUAGUCAAAAAUUUUCAUUGACACAUAGAUUUCCUUAUUCCUUACUGACAGAUUCGUGAAAAUUUUUUCUAUGAUAAUUCAUGAGAUUAUUAUGUCCAAUUGCACAGAAAUAGCAUUUUAGAAAAGUAAUUUCUUCAUGAUAAAAUUAACCCUGAUAAUGUUUCUACGGUUUACUCAAACACUAGAAGUUAAACAAAAAAUGGAUAUCCAUAGAUUUGAUAUAGAAAUCACGAUCUUGAAGGAGAAAUUUUCGCGAUGGCAGUUAUUUAUUUUUUGUCAUCUCUUACUAUUGCACAAAAGGUAUAAAUCAUGUUUAUAAAAUUUACUCUACAAUAAUUCACGCACCCCCGCGUGAGUUUUUGUUUUCUGGACAUAUCAAUCGCUGGCUCGAUUGAUCAAGCAAACCUACAUUUUGAGAAAUUAUUUUUUUUUUUGAAGAAUUCGCUUCAAAGAAAAUAACUAUUUCAACUUUAAUAGAAACAGACAUUUAGUGACAUAAUAAGUACAUAAAACAAUAUUUUGAAAUUUUUAAAUUAAGUGAUACCUAAUUGUAAUUAUUUUUUAUUUCUGAUGUACGAAUUUGCGAUGUCAGAGUUCUCUAUAUCAUUUAAGAACUUGAGUCAUAGACAUGCUGAAAUGUAUUACAUGAGGACGAUGCAUUUCUAUAUAGUAUAUGUGGAGAUCGAAUGCGGGAGAAGAUGUUUAGCUAAAACGAUCUUUAUAGUACAUUUAUUUUUAUAAAUAAACGCAUGCGUACAAAAACCUAAAGUUAAAAAGUACAUAAAUGCGAUUUAGCAAUAAAAACGGAAAUUGUAUCGUCAAUGAAAUUGACUGUCUACAAUCACUUUGAAAGAAACGUCUUCUAUGCAAAUUAAUUAAUUUUAUUAACAAAAAAUUAAUUUUAUUAAGCAUUUCCAUUAUUCUAUUUUUCGUCUUAAGAAGCUUUUUAAUUAAAGUGAAUUGUGACUUCUGUAGAGACUUGCGGUAUUUAUAUCACAAAACAAUUCGUGAGUUUCUGUUUCCUCAGUUUGGGAAAUAUGCAUUGUUCUAUAGGCGCUAGCAUUGUGAAAGAAAAAACGGAUACGAGGCUAUGGAAAUGUGAUUUUCGCGAUUUAUCAUCCUUUUUUUAAACAAAUUUUUGUACAAAGUACCCUUGUAUAAGCGUCUGAACUAUAUUGUAAUAAUAACUUUUGUAAUUUCCCGUAAAAAUUGUGAAUCCGUCAUAGCCAAACUUUUGUCAAGUAGUCGAAAAUCACAUAUCUAUCGUCUUAAUAAAAUAUCAAUAAUAAGGAUGGUGCUUGCCUUUUGUUCGCGGUAAUAAAGAAAAUAAGUAUAUUUUUAAAAUUUUAAUUUAUUUUCUAACUCAAAAGUAUGGUCAUAGUAGCAUUAACUCUGUAGCUGGUAACUUGUUAAUAAAUUUAUAAAAUCUAACAUUGUAUACGAGAUUUAAGGCAAGAACUAUUUUUAAUCAUUGUAAUAUAGAAGUGAUUUUUUUUGUAAAUUUUUCAUGUAAUAUACAUAAUAAUAUAUGUGACGUCGAAGUUAUUGCUUGUACGAAAGUGGAAAGUUAUUCAGUAUUGGAAUAUUAUUUCGAAGUUUUGAGGUGAAUUGUUUUGUUCGCUGUGUUUCGCUCUUUCGUAGGUGAAUGAUAUUGUUAAUAAAUUUUUCCACUUUAUACAAAAA